AUGGAUCCUGAUGGAUUCAGCGAUGUCAGCGAUUUACAGACACGGCUAUAUAAACUGAUGCCAAAGCAAACACAGGACAUUGUUGCCACAGCCACCUUCCUUAUCGCUUUGCCCAUUGGUUUUUUAAUAAACAUCUUCUGUAUAAUGCCUCUUUGGUAUCCAGCGUUUGGAGAAGCAUGGGUCAUUCGAGUGUCCUGUUUCCUUGUUUUGGCAUUUAAUGUCUAUAUGAACUGGUACAAAAUGGUGUCAGUUGGGCCGAGUGGAUUACAUCCAGAACUCCCUAAAGUAUUCAAAGCAGGUUUCAGAUAUUGUCACUCCUGUCACAGCAAUGCUCCACCUCGUGCCUAUCAUUGUCCAGUAUGCGACAAAUGUUGCUUCCGUCGUGAUCAUCACAGUUCAUUCGGUGCAGUUUGUGUUGGCCACUUCAACCAAAGAUAUUUUGUUGCUGCCAUUGUGAACCUUCUUGUACUUUGUAUUCCACUCUUCAGCUAUACAUGGGACUACACCUGGAGUCGCAUGGACGGCGGCUUUUCGUUAUCGCGCUCGUGGCACAUUUUUCUUCCACACAUCGCUCUGAUUGCCAGAGUAAUCUCUCCCUAUCAGUUCUGCUGUAUCGUGUUUUGUGCAUCCACGUUUACUGUUCUUUUAUUUGUGACGUAUCUUGUCAGUGCACAGGCAUUCUGCAUAUGGAACGGGCAAACGCGAAUGGAGUACUUACUGGAUGUGCGUGCCUAUCAACUUGGCAUCGUCGAUAACAUUCGCCAAAGUCUGGGAACCCGAUGGCCACUCAUUUUCAUUUCUCCGUUCAUUUCGAGUCAUUUACCGUCGGAUGGCACGUCAUUUGUAACGCGAGAUAUAAAAGAAUACAGUCAUCCGAAGAAUCUGUAA